AUGGGAGUGGUGGGGCUUUAUUUAUUUACUCAGAAAGUGAAUCAACAGCACUGUAAUAGAUCAAAAUUUAAAAAACAAAUCUAUCAAAUAACUAAGCAAUUAUUGGAGGAUGCAUUAAUAAUGUAGGCUACUCUUUAUGGAGAUAAUAUCAAUUCAUAUCCUGAUCAUUUAGGUUUGAUCAUGACUACAGAUUUAAAUAAAUAUUUCAAUUAUUCAACUAAUUCUUUAAUUUUAUCAAAUAUUAAAAGUGGAGGAUAAAUUCCAGAUAUAAUGAUUUAGCUAAAAGAUUAAACAGCUAAACCAAUAUUUCCUUUAGACGCUGAUAAAAUAAUAAUUUAAGCAUAAUUUAGUAACAAAACAAAAAAUAUAUCAAAUUAUUACAUUAGAGGAAAUUCUACAGCAUUUGUUGAUUUAAAAUAGAAAUAAUUUGUAUUUUAAGGUAUGUAAUUAAUAGGGAUUCCAAAUUCAUAAGCAAUAAUUGAGUUCAAAUCUGAUGUUAUAAAAAUUUUAAAUAAAUAAACUAAUUAAUUUGAGUCUAACUAUUCUUAUGAAUUAGAAGUUUAUUUUAGAAGUUGUAAUUAUGGUGAAAUUGAGAAUUUUUACAAUACAUUUACAGAAUGUGUUGUCUGUGAAUAAGAUAAAUACUCUCUCGAUACACAAUAAUGUUAUUCAUGUCCUUCUGGAGCAAAAUGCAAAAAUGGAAUUAUAUAUGUAAAUUAAGGAUUCUGGAGAAAAGAUGAAAGUAGUCCUCUUGUUGUAGAAUGUGUAAAUAAGCCUUCAAACUGUAUUGGAAAUACUUAUGGUAAUUAAGUAUGCUUAGAAGGUUACAUAGGACCUCUAUGUGAAUAAUGUGAUAUUUAUGGAAGCUAUUGGGGAGAGAGCUAUUCUAAAGUUGGAUCUUAUUAAUGUGGGUAAUGUAAAGAAUUGAGUGCUUUAUUGUGGAAAGCAAUCUUAAUAGUAAUCUGGACUUUAUUUUCAAUUCGACUUGCCAUAAAAGGAGACUUAGAGGAAUAAACAAUAAAUGCUUUUUAAGUAGCUCUGAAAAGACACUUAUUAAAGAAUAAUCAAAGCACUUCCUUAAAUGUGACUAAAUAUUAAUCUAAAUUAAAUGUCAAAUAUGAUAACCAUAAAGAUAAAAAAUCUCUAAAUGGAGAAAAAGCUAGUGUUUAUAUUAAAGUAUUAUUUAACUAUUUACAAAUAAUAGGAUCAAUUAUUACUUUCAAUAUAAAAUUAACUACAGAUAUAUUUGAUAGUUCAUAGUAUUUAGGAACACCUGUAAGAUAAUAAAUGAAUUCCGUUGAAUGUAUAUUAAAAGAUAUAUAAACAGAUAUACCAAUGAUAUAUCUUAAACUACUAUUUACUCUAAUUGUUCCAAUUGGCUAUUUAAUGGUGUUUAUACUUAGUUUAAUUUUAUAAAGGCUAUUUACAAAUAUAAAAGUCCGUUAUUAUUCUAUUUGUACUGCUGCGAUCUUCAUAUUUAUUUUAGUUUAGCCUGAUUUAGUUUCUCAAAUGAUAGCUCUUCUAUCAUGCAGGGUAAUUGGAGAUUCUAGUUAUAUACUCUAUAAUAUAACUUAUGAAUGCAACACUAGCCAGCACUAGAGAUAUAGUUCUACCUUAGUAGCUCCUUGCUUAUUAGUGUUUGCUUUUAUUAUACCUAUUGGACUUUUUUAUAUACUAUACAGAAAUAAAAAUGACUUGCAAAACAUUUCAAUAUAUAAAAAAUAUGGCUUUUUAUACAGAGAGUAUAAAAGCCAAAUAUUUUAUUGGGAAUUUGUGAAAAUGUUAGAAAAAAUUUUAAUCAUUAUAGUUCUUAAUUUCUAUUCCCAAGAUAUUAAUGUUAAAGGAGUGCUAAUUUUUAUGGUGAUUACUCUCUAUGGGAUAUCGUCUAAUGUUUUAUAACCCUAUCUUUUGAGUGGGUACAAUACAGUUGAUUUCUAUUAAACAAACGUGUGUGCAGUUUCUUUAUUACUUUGUUUAUUCAUUAACAAUAAUCCCUUCAAUUAUUUCGUUAUCACUUCUAUAGUUAUUAUGAUCACAAUCAAUGCUUGGUUUAUUAUUGUAAUAAUUAAAAGAGUUAUUAUAGGACUUUUAAUUGAAGAACAAAAGUAUGAUCUUUUAUUAUCUGGUAUAAAGAUAUAAAUAGGUAAAAAUCAUAAAAGACUAUUUAAAGAUUAAUAGAUGAAUUAAACUAUUAAAUAAAAUAAACUAAAUGACUUAGCUACUGAAAAUUAACAAAAAUUAAACUCUGAAAGAGAUUGCUUAUAUAGAGAUAAUAUAAGUAGCCCAAAUACUGUAUCUACCAUCAAGAUAAACUAAUCUCCUAUUUUUUUAUAAUUCGAAGAAUUAAAUUUAGUAAGGAAUUAGAAAGAGAGUUAAAUAGAUAAAGAGGAUAACUCUAUUAAGUUAAUAAAAUUAAAACAAAAAUACUUAGCUAUUAAAAAUUAACAAAAAUUAAACUCUGAAACCGAUUACUUUGAUAAAGAUAAUGAAAAUAACCCAAAUACUGUAUAUAGCAGAUAGAUAAACUAAUCUCCUCUUUUUUAGAUUCGAAGAAUUAAAAUGAGCAAUGGAUUAGAAAGAGAGUUAAAAAGAUAAAGAGGAUAACUCUAAUGA